AUGUUGCCGAAGUUGGUGCCACCGUCAUGGUGCUACGAGUCCUGUUCGAACCAUGGCCGCUGCUGGAAAUUGCCGAGAAAACAGGAAUUUUGCGAGUGCGAGCCGAGCUACACGGGCAUGUUCUGCGAGGAGUCGAUUGUAUUUGACUAUUGGUGGUUCUGGCUCUCAAUCGGCAUCUCAAUCUCCGUCCUAUUAAUGCUCCCCAUCCUGUGGUGUUACGGUAUCCGCAACGACAAGAAGGCCCAGCGGAAACUGUCCGAAUCCGCUAGUUCAGGCUCAAUCUCCACCCAGUCUUCCUUUUCAACAAGAUCCUCUAAAUAUUUGUUGGUUGUUGAUUUUGGUGAAGCCCAAUUUUUCGUGAAGAAGUUCACGGCGGAGCAGUGUCUGGGGAAUCCGUGUCUAAAUGGUGGACGCUGCGUGGCCGGGAAGGCGAAUUGUUUCUGCCAGAAGGGAUGGAUGGGCAGAUGGUGUCAUCGCAAGUGUCGCGACGUCUACAAAAGUUGUGACCGCUGGGCGAUGGAGGGUAAAUGCAACGCGGUGCUCGCCCAGACAAACUUCUUUGAGGUAAAUUGUGCGGUGACGUGCAAGCUGUGCGUGCCUGAUGUUAGUCAAGUACUUCCGGAAGUGCCGCUGCCGCCAGCCCUCGAACCGCUGCAAUUUAUGAUCGGAAAAUGGUAUUCACAGGCAGCCAAAGGACUACGAUACCCUGUAGACUUUUAUGCCAGUGAAUACGAGGAGAUUUUGGAGGUUUGGCCAGCAGAGACGCCAAUGUUCGGACCGCCUUCUUUGAAUUUAACAAGCGUUUCCUGGGUGGGAGACGAUUCUCGGGUGAUGCACGGGUUUAUCACGCUAAAACCAAAUACUUUCCCGCCAGAGGCCGCCAUAUUAUCGACGAGUAACGAAGGGUUAAACAUGAUUGAACUCGGCAAGAUCAAAAAUCAAGUACUCACCCUCAACGUUUCCUAUAUGCAAGUCCACCCAACGAUGGACAAUACUGUGCUACCACUUGGGGCGACCCGCCGAUUCCGCAGAGUGGGCAGCUUGUUGGAGAUGACGGUCGCCAAGUUGUUCCCCUCAAACCGAAUAUCUCAAUUCAAAAAGAUGUUCAAAAAAGUACAUCCAUUAUGGACGAGCGGUGCUAGCAAUGAACAAACGGAGCGUGUCUAUGAAAGAUUCCGUUCCCUCGGCUGCGAUAUAGUUUCCACAAACACAUACCACGCUGCCCAGGCACUAAUUCGGAAAUGCGUUUCCGACGGCCUAAUCGAGCCCCCAGCCACUAAUCUGGUUACGGACCCGUGUCGGCUAGCCUUUGACGUGUAUGACAAGGCACUUGUGCUCGGAUCGAUAGGACCGUAUGGGGUCUGUCUCCGCGAUGCCUCCGAAUAUCACGGGAAUUACAUAUUUGAGCCUGAGCAUGUGAAGAAAAUCGCUGACUAUCAGAAGAAGCAAAUCUCAUUGCUGAUAGAAGCUGGAAUCCGGGUUAUACUGUAUGAAACUGUCCCUGCAGAGCUUGAAGCGAAAAUUUUUGUCGAGACGAUUGAGGAGCUGAAAAUUCCCGCUGUUAUCAGCUUUUCUUGUCGGAACGGUACAGAGUUGCGCAACGGAACGCCAUUGGCCCGUGCAGUGAAAUCGGUGUUGAGAUCUGAAUACGUUGUCGGUGUUGGGAUAAAUUGUACUGCACCGGAAUACGUGCCAGAACUUCUCCGUCAAAUUGAGGCCACCACCAUCCCAAUCCCGAUAUUCGUCUAUCCUAACUCGGGCGAGAUGUGGGAUGAAAAAGCCAAGUGCUAUACUCGUCACGACGGUGAAAAGCCGGUGGAUUGGGGGGUGUUCGUGAGGGAGUGCUCGUCGUUAGGGGCUAAUGUUUUUGGUGGCUGUUGCCGUGUGGGACAGGAUGUACUCCAACAAAUUGGGAAUGCGGUCAGGGAGUGCAACGAGGAACGGGAGAGGAGCAAGAUUGAA